AUGGCGGCGGGCGCGCGGUACUUCUGCACGGCGGGCCGCGGCCUCGAGCCCUUCCUGGCGCGGGAGGUGCGCGCGCGGCUCGGCGCUACUGAGGUGGACUAUGUCUUAGGGAAGGUUUUCUUCACCACCGCCGCGGAACCGGGCGAGCUGAAGGAGCUCAAGUCGGGAGAGCGGCUGUUCCUGCUGCUGAAGAAGCGCGUCCCGCUUUCCGUCUCUAGAAAUAAAGGGAAAAUGCUGCAUGAGAUUAAAAGCCUUCUCACUGAGGAACCCAAGUCCUGCCUGGAUGUUAUCGCUACGUGGAGGAAACUUCGUAGUCGUGAGGGGAAAAAGGAUGAGGUUUCUCAAGAAAGCCCAAAACCUCACAAGAGAAAACCAGAAGAAGAGAUUAAUAUUGCAUCUAAAAGACAGAAAACGGAGCAAGUAAGAGAGACUGUGUCUGAAGAAUGUCAAGCAGGAGCUGGAGAGAACUGUGUGGUGUCAGAGGAGGAGAGUGACCAGGACUGCCAGACUGAAAGCAAGACUUCUUUAGAAGGCCCUCCCAAAAGCAGCACAGAGCAACCUGAGAAUGAGAAGCAGAACUUCAGUUUCAGAGUUUCGUGUCGUUGUAGUGGAGCAAUUGCCAAGAUACUCACUUCACAGGAGAUUGGAAGAGCAGUUGGCAUAGCGCUAAGGAAGCAGUUUGGAUGGCAGGCUGAUCUGCGCGCCCCUGACCUGGAGAUCUUUCUACAUCUUAAUGACAUUCACUCAGUCGUGGGGAUUCCUCUUUUCAGGCUUCCGUUGGCAAACAGGGAGUAUAUCAGAACAGCAGGCCUGCGGUCAACUGUUGCCUGGGCCAUGGCAUCUCUGGCUGAAAUAAGUGUGGGUGCCUUCGUGCUGGAUCCCAUGUGUGGGCUGGGAACCAUCCUGCUGGAAGCUGCCAAAGAGUGGCCUGAAGCCUGUUACUGGGGUACGGAUACAAGUGAUUCACAAUUAGAGGGUGCAAGUGUGAAUAUUAAGACCGCGGGCUUGGAUGAUAAGAUUGAGUUGUUUAAAGCUUCUGUGAAAGCGCUGCCGUUGCCCUCAGAAAGCUUUGAUGCCGUGAUUUCGGAUAUUCCGUUUGGGAAGAAGUUCAAGAUCACAAAAGACAUACAGCUCCUACCAGAUAUUCUCCAGGAGAUGGAGAGAGUGCUUCGUGUUGGAGGGAUUAUUGUGUUGUUGCUGAAUCAAGACCUCCGUAAGCGCAUGGAUGGCAGUGCCAAGACUGCUGAAAAUGAAUCUCUUAAUGCCAUUUCUGAUGGUGCAGGUGAAACGACCGCUGUGAAAGCCUUGAAUAAUGAUGGGAACUCAUCCACCUCAGGGACUGGUGUCGAAGAACCUGUUCUCAGCUGUGGACAGAUGUGUUUUGGGUCUCUGGUGCCAGAUGGCAUCUAUGAAGUUAGUCUUGGAAAGACGGAUGCUUUCAUAUACAAAUACAGGAAGAUCUCUACUGCUGGGAAUUAGUGGCUUUUGUGCAUUGUGCCAGUGUUGAACUUGAAUCCUGAUAGACUUGAAAGCAGCACGGCAGUGAACUGGUGUAACUCUGCUAGUCCAAACUCUGUGCCAUUUGCUAGCUCACCUCAGUUUACUUGAGUGUACUAGGCUGUUGCUUUUCUCACUUUGGCUUUUAGAUGGAAGAUUCCUUUCCGUGUUUCAAAUGUUUUUAAUAUAAACUGCUGUAACAAGGCAUUGUCCUCAAAUCCUUGUUUAGACAAAUCCUCUCUAUAUCAGCAUGAGUUCUUCAUGAGAGAAAGACUUCAGAUGCUGAAGUACCACAAAAACAUGGUAAUACUACAUGGAAAUGGGUUUUCAUCCCCUUUGAUAUUCUUAGGAAGUGCUGCUUAAGAAGCCUCUAGCUAUUCUUGAGGACUGGACGGAGAGCCUUACUACGUGCCUUGCAGUCUUGUAUUAUUUUAAAGCUAUCUUAUGAUGAAUUUGAAUUGUUGCUAUUCAGAUACCAUGUUGU